AUGCGAGGUCGAUGGCGUGUCACGGAUGAGCAGGGCCGAAGCCUGGGUGGUGUCGUGACCUGGGAGGCGUGGAGUGGAAGGAGCAACGCGCCAGAACCCAAACAAACGGAUGGAAAACCCAAGCCCGAGCCGAGUGAUGAACCAAAUCGCGAACCAGAGUUCCGUCGGUGGUUUCCGGGCCAAACAAAAUUGGACUACCAGACGAGUGCAGCACUGCCGCAAUCAGUUUGCACGGCCGACGUCAACAACCGCGAGGAGCCAGCGCCAGGUGAAGGUGUUGCGCAGCUGACGAGCCGCCGUAUUUCCCGGGGCUGGACGAGGAUUGUCCGAGCGCGCAAGCAGUUGCCAAUGGGGGAUCAGCCCGCGGUAACGAGACAGUCGGUGGCUCAACGGCAACAGUCGCUACGAACAACGCCGGCAACAACGGGGACAGAACGCGGAGAGAGGAGAGCAGAGGAUGGAGAGGUGGAGGUGGAGAGGUGA